AUGUCUGAGCUCAGCAAGAACUUCGAGACCCUUCAGCUUCAUGCUGGACAGGAGGUGGAGCCUACCACCAGAGCAAGAGCUGUGCCCAUUUAUGCCACGACCAGCUAUGUCUUCAACGACUCUGCACAGGGAGCCAGGCUCUUCGGUCUCAAGGAAUUCGGCAACAUCUACAGCCGUAUUAUGAACCCUACCGUCGAUGUCUUCGAAAAACGCAUGGCUGCUCUUGAGGGUGGCGCCGCAGCAGUGGCUGCCGCGUCUGGCCAGGCUGCGCAGUUCAUGACCAUCGCCGCGCUCGCACAGGCCGGCGACAACAUUGUGUCGACCUCCAACCUGUACGGAGGCACAUACAACCAGCUCAAGGUCAUGUUCCCUCGGCUGGGCAUCAAUUGCAAGUUUGUGGACGGCGACGACCCUGAGAAGCUGGCAGCUGCUAUCGACGACAAGACCAAGGCUGUGUACCUGGAGAGCAUCGGUAAUCCUCGGUACAAUGUGCCAGACCUGGAGAAGAUUACCCAGCUGGCGCACGAGAAGGGCGUGCCUGUCGUCGUGGAUAACACCUUCGGAGCUGGCGGUUAUUACAUCAGGCCCAUCGACCAUGGCGCCGACAUCGUCGUGCACUCGGCUACCAAGUGGAUAGGAGGCCACGGAACUACGAUCGGUGGCGUGGUCAUUGACUCGGGCAAGUUCGACUGGGGCAAGAAUGCGAAGCGCUUCCCGCAGAUGGUUGAGCCAUCCGAUGGGUACCACGGCCUCAAGUUCUGGGAGACAUUCGGCCCUAUAACCUUCAUCAUCCGGGCGCGCGUGGAGAUUCUUCGUGACCUCGGGGCGUGCCUCAAUCCUCAUGCCGCACAGCAGCUCCUGCUGGGUAUUGAAACGCUCAGCCUCCGCGCGGAGCGUCAUGCACAGAAUGCACUCAGCUUGGCACGGUAUCUCGAGAAGAGCCCUUACGUGGGCUGGGUCUCGUACCCGGGCCUCGAGGACCAUCCGAGCCAUGAGGUUGCCAAGAAGUACCUGAAGAGAGGCUUCGGUGGUGUCCUCAGCUUCGGUGUGAAAGGAGGCGGCGAAGCAGGCAGCCAGAUCGUGGACGGCUUCAAAAUGAUCUCGAACCUGGCGAACGUUGGUGACUCCAAGACACUCGCCAUCCACCCAUGGACGACGACGCACGAGCAAUUGUCAGAGGAGGAGAGGAAGAGCUCGGGUGUGACCGAGGAUCUCAUCCGAAUCUCCGUGGGUACCGAACAUAUUGACGACAUCAUUGCUGAUUUCGAACAGUCUUUCAAAGCUGCAUCUGCAGCAACGACGAAGGGUGAGGAGGGAAAUCCAGAAGGCAAGGAGAAGGAGGCGGCGCCAACUGUCAUCUGAGAAGGUUUAUAGAAAUGCUAAAGGGAACACUUGUCCUCCUAGCUUUUAUCUUUCCUAUGUAGCAAAAGAAAAGAAUCAACUUGGUCACAUGUGUCCAAUUGGAG